AUUGCUGCCCCUCCUUGCAGUCAGUCCAUCUUUGAGGUCAUGUCAUCCUGACUCUCAUUAAUACAGAUGCACUCUGUACUCUGGGUUAAUCUUUGUGCUCAGCUUUCCAGCUCCAGGCUUGUCUUUCAUCAGCUCAGUGUGCACCAACCAUGAAGAUCUCCUGCUUUCUGUUGUUGAUGUUCUGCCUAUACUUCUCCCAGAUCCACCCAGUUGCUGGCUAUGACACAAUUGAGUGUCUUGACAAAAAAGCAAAGUGUCAAGUCUGGAAAUGCCCAUGGUUUUAUGUGGAAAUUGGCACCUGUUUUGAAGGAAGAGGCAAGUGCUGUCAAAAAACCCGUGGAUGAAAUAGACCAGAAGUCACGGGAACAAUGUGUAACCAUUGCUUUAAUAAAGGAACACAACCUUCAGGUGUAGCUUCUUCAGAACAAAA